AUGAAGUAUCUCCCCGUUCAGGAUUUCGAGGCGGUGACGAGCGCCCUCAACUUCAACACACCCGAUUGCAACGUCACGGGCGGAUGCGACCUGUACACGACCAAGUCGACCGGGUCAGACAAGAAGCUGUACAGGAACAUCGACAAGGACCUGAGCUCCCAGCAUGCGGCCCUCCUCAAGCUGGGGGCCAGCCUGUCGCCGCCGGACCGGGAACAGAUGCUGGCGACGUCGCCCAGCAUGCAGCUCUUCUCGCACUCGAGCGCGUUCGGACCGCUGUCGGAGCUGUCGAGCCGGCGGACGUUUGCGUACCUGAUCGCGACGCUCAACGCCAGCCACCCGCACUACGACUUCUCGCACGUGCUGCGGCCGGGCGACUUCAAGCGCGAGCGUAACCUGCGUCGCGUCAUGGUGAGCCUGGACUCGAUACUGCAGAACGUACGGCCCGGCUUCGAGCCGAGGUCGGCCGAGUCGUCGUCGCUGGGCAGCGACGCCAGCGCGCCGUGGGGCCCGCAGUGCUGGUCCCUGAUCGACAAGGAGAUGCGCCUCAACGAGUGCACCGUAUUCGGGUACCACCCGGACGUCGACCCGUUCGAGGAGGACGAGAGCGCCAUCUGGGCGGCGCACUACUUCUUCUUCAACCGCACCCUCAAGCGCGUGGCGUACCUGUACGUGCGGGUCGUGCCCGUCGUCUCGUCCACCGCCAGCCCGACCCUGCGGCCGACCAAGAGCAAGAUGGCAGCGGCCAGCCUCGCCCGCAGCAGGGGCGGCGGCGGCGGCGGCGCCCUCGUCGACCCCUUCGGCGGCGGCCCCUGGCCGUCGUCUUCGUCGCUGCCGUCGUCGGCCCUGCUGAUGUCGUCGUCUGCCAAGCGCACCGACUACUGGCUCGGCGACCGGGACGUCAGGCCCGUCGCCGCCUUUGACGACGACGAAGACGAGGGGAGCCCCCGCGACGACGGGCUGUACUGGAACCGCGGCGAGGACGGCGACCUCGUCAUGUUCUCGGACGACGACGUCGUGGAAGAUGACGAGCCCGAGGAGGAGGAGUUUGACGACGACGACGACGACGGCGAUGUCGUGCUCGAUAAGAGACGUAUGAGGCUCAUGAGUGAGGAUAUUGCAGGGCAGAUGGAGAUUUGA